AUGGCUGUGGGACAGGAAGCACAUCUAAAAGGGUCAACGACAAAGGAAUAUACAACGGAAUACGACGAAACCAACAGAAUGACCAUAUUACCAGAUUCCCAAGGCCCAGAGGAGGCGGACUUCAUCCACAUUCCAGAGUCAGCUUCAUACCCUACGGGGAGCCUGGAUUUUCUCGUAAAGCUUCAGCAGAAAGAAGAGCAACGGCAAAAGGCAAUGCGAGCCUCCUCGUUGAUCAACGGUGAGGACAGGUCCCGGAUACGACUCAACAUCAUUGUCGUCGGUGCGGGCUUGGGAGGUCUGGCUGCCGCCAUCGCGCUCGCUAGGAGAGGCCACAACGUCACCGUCUUUGAACAGGCCCCGGAACUUGGAGAGGUCGGAGCCGGUAUACAAAUUCCGUCGAAUUCGACUCGACUGCUGAUAAAAUGGGGUCUCGAGCCCUUUUUAGCCAGCAAGAUUGUCAAGCCAGGUCACAUCGCCUUCCGGAGAUGGGAGGACGGCAAGACCAUCGGCAUGACCAAGCUCAUCCCAAACUUUGAGCGGGAAUUUGACGCCCCUUACUACGUGGUUCACCGGGCACAUUUCCACGACGCCAUGUACCAGCUGGCGCUUCAAUUGGGCAUCGAGGUCAAGAUCAAUUCCAAAGUGCUCGACUACGACGAGGACGCUCCUUCGAUAACGCUCGAAAACGGGUCGACGCAUUCCGCAGAUCUGAUCAUCGCGUCUGACGGCGUCAAGUCCUACGCGCGGACGAAGGUGCUAGGUGGCAUAGAUCAGGCGCCGAAGAGGACUGGCUUCGCUGCCUACCGUGCGACAGUCGACGUGGAGAAGAUGAAAGCAUAUGCCGACACUGCAGAGGUGUGCGCGAAGCCGGUCUUGAAUCUAUGGGUCGGCGACAUGAGACACGUCAUGACAUACAUGAUAGCGGGGGGAAAGUCGUUCAACAUGGUGUUAUCGCACCCAGACCGUUCAGACCCCGGCACAUGGAUCUCUCAGUCUCCCGAGGAGAUCCUGUCGGGCAUGCGGGCGCAUUUCAAGGGGUGGGAUCCCACGCUCACCAAGAUCAUCGACAUGAUCGACACGACGUUGAAAUGGCCUUUGAUGAGCGGCUCCCCUUUACCGACCUGGGUGUCGAAAUCUCAUAAACUCCUGAUCAUGGGAGACGCGGCGCACGCCAUGGUGCCGUAUAUGAGUCAGGGAGCAGCCAUGGCCGUCGAGGACGGAGCCGCGCUGGCCGAGGCCCUUCACCAUGUUGAGACGGUCGAGGAUGUUCCGAGGGCCCUGCACGUCUGGGAGGCCGUCCGCAAAGACAGGGCCGACAAGAUGCAAGAGGCCAGCUUGAUCAACGGUAAGCUGUGGCAUUUCCCCGACGGACCCUUACAACAGGCCCGGGACGAGGCCAUGACGCCGGAAGUCGAAGGUCGCGAAUACCUCACCAGUCCCAACCAGUGGAGUGACCCCACGACGCAGCGUUGGACGUACGGGUACGAUGCAGAGUGGGAGAUCAAAAAGGCCUUUCAAAAAAGCCACAAGAAGUCGUCGACGGUGGUGAAUGGGUUUUAG